CAUCUAAAACUCCCGAUUCCAGAAUAACCAAGGCUUUUCGAACCAUUUUUAAGUCAGCACAAAUUACGGAAAAAAUAAUAAAAUAUUUCGUACACCUAAAUGGUCGCCGGGCAAGGCGUCCAAAUCCACUUGCCACUACCACUACCACUACCACUACCACUACGAGUAGAGGCCGUAUAGACACGGAGGCUCAAGCUACUGUUUUAUCUCGCAUUAGAGAAGAGAGAGAGGAGGCUGAGGUGGCGGUGUCGGCGGCGUAAAAUUCAAAAGAGGAAGUGAAGAUGAAGAAGAAGAAGGAAGGAUUGGGAUGGAUAGAGUGGAUGAGAGGGUGGUUGUAUCUGGCGUACGAGAUGCUGUUCCAGAGAAUCACGGCCAGCCACUUGCAAAACCCCAUGCCUUUGCCUCCCAUCAACGAUCUCACUUGCAUUGUCACUGGAUCCACCAGCGGCAUCGGCCGCGAAAUCGCCAGGCAGCUAGCGGAAUCAGGCGCGCAUGUUGUAAUGGCGGUGAGGAAUACGAAAGCAGCUAAUGAGCUGAUCCAGAAGUGGCAAAAUGAAUGGUCUGGAAUGGGGCUUCCUCUCAAUAUUGAGGUUAUGGAACUUGAUCUGCUUUCUUUGGAUUCUGUUGUGAGAUUUGCCCAAGCAUGGAAUGCUCGUUUAGGACCUCUCCAUGUUCUUAUCAACAAUGCUGGGAUAUUUUCAAUUGGAGAGCCGCAAAAGUUUUCUAAAGAUGGUUACGAAGAACACUUGCAAGUGAAUCAUCUGGCUCCAGCAUUGCUAUCCGUCUUGCUAUUGCCUUCCCUCAUUAGAGGAUCUCCGAGUCGAAUUGUUAAUUUGAAUUCCGUUAUGCAUUAUGUUGGCUUUGUUGACACAGAAGACAUGAACGUUGUUUCCGGGAAAAGAAAAUAUACAAGCUUAGUGGGUUACUCAAGCAGCAAGUUGGCACAGAUUAUGUUUAGUAGUGUCCUACAUAAGCGGCUGCCUGCUGAAUCUGGCAUUAGUGUAGUGUGCGUUUCACCUGGAAUUGUCCAGACUAAUGUUGCAAGGGAUCUACCCAAGAUUGUUCAGGCUGCGUAUCAUCUAGUACCUUAUUUUAUGUUUAGUGCUCAAGAAGGUUCUAGGAGUGCUCUGUUUGCAGCCACUGAUCCACAGGUUCCGGAGUACUGUGAAUUGUUGAAAACGGAUGACUUUCCUGUUUGUGCCUUUAUUUCUCAAGAUUGCCAUCCAACGAAUCCUUCAGAAGAAUCGCAUAAUGUUGACACUUCUCACGAAGUGUGGGAGAAGACAUUUGAGAUGAUUGGCCUUCCGUCUGAUGCAGUGGAGAGGCUUAUAGAAGGGGAAGAAGUUGCAUGCAGAUACGGGGCUCAUGGGGAGUAGCCUUAUUGCAUGAUAUGCUAAAAGUGCGUGUCAAAUGUGCAGCCUAGAUAACGUGUGGAAGGGUUGAAUGCGGAAGAAAGACUGGAGUGGCACGAUCAUCUGGAAGAAAUUUGAAGAGAUGGUGUUGUGUUGUGUAGUGUUGUACACCAAUUUAGUUGUUUAGAUUUGUUUUUAACUUGUGACGGGUGCGGGAACAGAAACGAUUAUGAAGGUCUGACGCUGGUAUUUGGUUCAACACCGCUCUUCCCAGUUCCCACCGGUGGAAUUGUUUUCUUGGUGUAAACUAAUGUUUUCAAUUACAUAGACAUUAUAUGUAGAGAAUUAUUUAGAGACACAAUUUCAGUGUUAAAA